ACGAGCGAAAAAUGGUCAGCUGCUUUCUGGGUGUGCGACGUUCGCAGAAAGUGUCUGCGAGCUGCGAAAUAAUGACGCGAGUUUUGCAAUUUUCGGUCGCGUCGUCGUCUUUUUGAAAACAAUAUUUCGGACAUGAGAAUCUUCGCGUGAAAAGCAAGUAUGGAGAUCGAACAGGAGACCGUGUACGGGACGCAUGAGGAUAAUCAUGUCGUCAUGUCGGAGAAGGUGCAAAGCCUGGCUGGCAGCAUUUAUCAGGAAUUCGAACGUAUGAUCGGCAAGUAUGACGAAGAGGUGGUCAAGGACCUUAUGCCUUUGGUCGUCAACGUCCUCGAGUGUCUCGACCUGAGCUACACCGAAAACCAGGAGCACGAAGUCGAGCUCGAGUUGCUCCGAGAGGACAACGAGCAGCUCGUCACCCAGUAUGAAAGGGAAAAACAACUGAGGAAGGGUGCUGAGCAGAAAUUGCUUGAGGUCGAGGAUGCGGGCGAAGAUGAGAGGAAAGACUUGCACUCGAAAAUCGAAAGCCUCGAAAGUAUUGUUCGAAUGCUGGAACUUAAAUCCAAAAACUCUUCAGACCAUGUUUUCCGCCUUGAGGAAAAAGAGACCGAAAUGAAAAAAGAGUACACCAAGCUCCACGAACGCUACACCGAAUUAUUUAAAACGCACGUCGACUACAUGGAGAGAACCAAAAUGAUGCUGGGAUCCGAUCGGCUCGAGUCUAUGGGUGGCUCUCGCACUCGCAUUCCUGGAAUGAGUCUGGGUCCCAUGCAAAGGUCCUCGGGCCCAGUAUCUUUCGGCUUCAGCUCGCUCGAGUCCUCAGCAGUCAUGAGCCGUACUAUCAGUAGUCCAAACGACUAUGACGAGUCGCAGGGUCUUUCGCCCAUGGGCAGUCCAUCCAACACAAGCCUAAAAAACGAACUGCAAUUAGGGGACGUAUCGCCAUUACCUGUGGACAAGACCCCUGUCGACAAAGCUCCUGCCAAAGGUGCUUGGGUUGAUGGUCUCAGCCCGGAUAUCAAAUCUCCAGGGGCCGACGACGAACUGCCCACACCAACGCAGGUCGAAGAUUUCGAAGGUCACACGCAGAGCACUGCAGUUGGGCCACAGGGCCAUAGCAAAACGAAAAGAGAGCAAAGAAGUGGCAACACUCUGUAUCAGGAGCUCAGUUUUCAAGACGCAGAUGCCCUUACUGAGAUCGACGAGGGCGCCGACAUCACCGACAGUAGCAGUGAAGAUGAGCAACUUUCUAAACGGGCACCUUUCGGACCGGUCAGACGCAAUGUCAAUGACAAUUUCUUUGGAAUGGGCAAGGAAGUGGAAAAUCUCAUAAUGGAAAAUAACGAGCUUCUCGCAACCAAGAAUGCGCUGAACAUUGUCAAGGAUGACCUUAUAGUCAAGGUGGAUGAACUGACCAGUGAACAAGAGAUACUGCGAGAGGAAAUUCAAUCUCUCAAGGGCAGCAGAGAGAAACUCAAAGGCAGAAUCACAGAGCUAGAGGAGGAGGUGAAGCAAGCUAAGGAGGAAGUGGAGAAGGCCAACAAGGCCAAUAAGUCUGACGAUGAGGAGGAUGUUCCGAUGGCCCAGAGAAAGCGAUUCACCAGAGUUGAAAUGGCCAGGGCCAUAAUGGAGAGAAAUCAAUACAAGGAGCGCUUUGUGGAGCUCCAGGAGGCUGUGCGGUGGUCGGAAAUGAUCCGGGCGACCAGAAGUGACGCCUCUUUAGACAAAAAGACCAAGCAGAGCAACGGAAUCCUUAAAUUUUUUAGCAACCUUUUUAGCUCGGACAGACCUCAAGACAAAAUCGCGCCUUAUGUGAAUGUCCACUACAAUGCCCCGACACACAAUGUCCGGCCUGCCCUUGACACAAUGCGAAAGCGAGGUCUUAAGGACAGAAAAAGAGGGGGUAUGGAAAGUCUGGAUAAUGACUUGUCUGAGAAGUGGCAGGCAAGACAAGCAGUUGAAAGACGAGAGCAUUACCGACAGGUGAGAGCACAUGUUCGAAAGGACGAUGGCCGCAUGCAGGCUUAUGGAUGGAGUCUGCCAGCCAAGGCAGGUCCUUCGAGCAGUGGUUCAAACUCUGCAAUGCAACCAAGGUCGUCCUCUUCCUCGGGGGUGCCAGUACCAGUGCCAGUCUACUGCCGCCCACUGGCUGAAGGCACUCCAGGGAUGAAAGUCUGGUGCGCAGCCGGAGUCAAUUUAACGGGGGGCAGAACCAGAGACGGUGGCAACAUAGUCGGUGCUUCUGUAUUUUACUCAGUGGACAGUCCGGAGGGAAAGAAGACUGAGGAGCCAUCGUCCGAGGUCGACAAGCUCGACAGAGAACUACAGGAUAAUCAAAAGGCUUCUAAGGAGGCGCAGCAAAUUGAGACUCUACUUUCAUCCUUAGUCUGGAUCUGCACGAGUACCCACGCCACAAGCAGGGUUACAGUGCUGGACGCCAACAAUCCUGCAGACAUUCUUGAGUCAUUCACUGUCUGCAACUCUCAUCUUUUGUGCAUAACAAGUGUACCAGGUGCCAAAGAAAGUGAUUAUCCAGAUGAACUCGGAAACAGCACAGAAGUGAGCCCCGAGAAGGCUCAGCCUGAACCCAAGGAAGAAACCCCCAGUGAAGGCCAAGAUGAUGGGGAGGACAGCAUGGUUGGUCGCUUGACCUUUGUCUCGUGUGCGACCGGAAGUGCCCCACCCCCUGUGCCCAGUACCUCUGACGAGGAAGAGGCUGCUGCGCCAAUGCAGACGCCACGGUCGGUCUCGGCGAUCGAGUUGCACUCACUUGCUAACCCCAACAAUGAACUUCCUGAUUCCUAUAAUCCGCCCCGGCGUUUACUCAAGGAAGCUUCGGGUAUUGUUAAAGAUGGGCUGUCAGAGGUGUCAAAAGCAAACGAACAUGCUUAUAACGAAAUGGAGAAAAUGUCGAGCGUUUUGCCAACCAUGUGGCUCGGCUCGCAAAACGGAGGACUUUACGUCCACUCCGCCGUUUCUCAGUGGAAACAUUGCAUUCACUAUAUCAAGCUGAAGGACCCUGUUUUGAGCAUUAUACACAUUCACGGCCGAGUGUUGGCAGCUUUGGCAAAUGGGUCGGUGGUGAUUUUCCGACGAGGCACUGACGGACAGUGGGACCUUGGCAAGCACCACAUUCUUGAUCUGGGGGCACCGCAUCACUCGAUCAGGUGCAUGACUGUGGUUCACCAGUCGGUCUGGUGUGGCUACCGUAACAGGAUCCACGUUGUUGAUCCUCGAUCCAUGACAGUUGAGAAAACUUUUGACGUCCAUCCAAGAAAGGAAAGCCAAGUGCGGCAGUUGGCCUGGCUGGGUGAUGGAGUGUGGGUGUCCAUUCGGCUUGACUCAACCCUCCGACUGUACCACGCACACACCCAUCAACAUCUGCAAGACGUCGACAUCGAGCCCUACGUCAGCAAAAUGCUCGCUGUUUUUCCUGGAGGUACUGGCAAGCUCGGAUUUUCCCUCAUCAGGAUAACUGCCCUGCUGAUAUCCUCUAACAGGCUCUGGAUCGGCACUGGCAACGGUGUCAUAAUUUCAGUUCCUCUCUCAGAAAGUGCUGGUGGCCGCCCAGGAAGCAGUCAGAGUUCGUCUAGCGGGAACUUUGCUGUUGGAUCCCCUCCGAGUGGCAGCUUCAAAUCUUCAGGGUCCCUGGUCAGGGUAUACACUGAUCCAAAGGGAAGCAAAAUUACGCCCGGUAGCUUUGUGCCUUACUGCUCGAUGGCUCAAGCGCAGCUCUCUUUCCACGGCCACAGAGACGCUGUCAAAUUUUUUGUAGCCGUUCCUGGAAAAGGUACACCCGGUUUGUCUGGGGAAACGACUCCGGACACUCCUGCCGUGGAAGUAGCCGAGGCGGCCACUGCACUGAUUGGAGAGCGGUCGCCCCAGUCCAUGUUGGUCAUGUCCGGGGGCGAAGGCUACAUCGACUUUCGAGUUGGAGAUGGCGGCGAAGAAGAGGACGAGAUGUGUCUGAAUGAGGAGGAUGAUGUCAUCUGCACGGACCGCCCGGACUUCAAUGCAGGUCUUGUGUCCAAAAUGGACCGCAGCCACCUGAUCGUAUGGCAGGUCGUCUCGGACUGACUCCAUAAAAACUCACGGCUAGUCCUGAAAUCUCAUCCUUAAUUAUCUUACAAUUAGUUUAUAGACACGUUUUAAGCUUCUUACAUGUUGACGGACACCAUUGCUUUUGAUAACAAACGCGCCUUAUUCCAAUUUUAUGUGCUCAAAAUUUUUAUCAAAACUAACUUACUGCAACUGUUUUAGUUCUUACUCAAUCUAGUUUUUAACUUUUGCUGUGAUUUUCGACCGGAAGAAGUUUUUUAUGUAUGAAGUUAUAGUGGAAAUUCGCUUUUUGGAAAAUGCACAAAAUUUAUUUUGAUCAGGUGCACAAGGGUGUUUUAAAAGUAGCAAGAAAAUUUUGCCAGUUGAUUCGGCCCAUUUUUUUACUAGUAAGACAAGCAUUGCGAUGAGACGCUUCGACAUUCAUGUGUAAACACUUAUGGAAUUAAUUAAAACACUCUGUGAUUGAAAUCGAAGUAACAGUGUUGUUCUGCCCACGGACAUGAAUAUUCAAAUUAACCGACCUGCUGCUAAUUGUGAGAUUUGCCUAAAGUGGACCGAAAGAAGAAGAAGAAAAAUAAUGAUUGGUGUGCAAAACGCAAGCUUUCUCAUUACCACAACAAGUAUAAAUCAGCGUGUGCUUUUACGAAAGAUGUGGCAAGUGUCAUUUUUUUACUUUACUUACUUAUCGAUUAAAAAGAAAGAAUGUAUUAUACACCGUAAAAAGUAGAAAGAAUCAGUACCACCAUGUGACAAAUAUUAUAUAUUACACAUUAUACUGUAUCAGAGAGCAUUUUAGCUAUUAGCAAACACAACCCGGUUCAUUCUGAAGUUUUCUUGAAAGCGCCAAAGAUUGUGUUUCACUCUCCGGAUUUUAUUUUCGUAAUGUGUGCAGAUUUAAAAAGAAAUGAUUCUGUUGAUUUACCAGUAGUUGUUAUUUAUUUCAGCUGGAAGUUGAUUAUUAUUGAUUGAGUUACUCUACCUGUACAAUUAUGUAUAUUAAAGAAGAUGCUAAUCAGUGCUCUGAA